AUAGCAGACACGGACCAAGACCUUUUCUGAGGUAUGACAACACGGUAGGCCUACCUACAACCCAAAUGAGGGUAUCAUACGGACUUGGUGCGUCUACAGGUGCACAAACCAUCGUUUCACGAUCACGAGGCUCGUGAGAGAGAGAGAGCGAGAGAGACAGAGACAGAGAAAAGAGGCCUCUAUUGUUAGCCAACAACCAACUCCGUGAAUUUGCAUCUUGUUGCAUCUUUCACAAAAAUGUGGGAACUUGUGAAACCUGACCACGCUCCUCUCCUCGACUCAGAACAAGCACCACUGUUCCUCACUGUAAAGAGGCACAUGUCUGACUGUACAAGAAAUCACACCCCACAGCGUUUCUAUAUGCGUGACGUCACUCAGUGGGCGUUUCCACGCAUGGCGGAAGAGCAGGUGCAGCGCCACCAACCCGAGCCCAGCGGCAGCAUCACAACAACCCGCUGUCAACGCUACAAGAAGGGGCCACCGAGGCAGCACACGGGCCCGGUGAAACGUGUUCUCGCAGAGGAAAAACGCAACCUUCCUUCCUUUCUUUCUUUCUUUCUUUCUUUGUCAUUAUUAUCGCUAAUUAGUGUGGAGGGCCGCCGACAUGACGCUCAACCAGAACCACUCGGAGUCCGGCGGAGUCAUCAUCAACAACAGCGAGAGGUAACGUUAGCGGCGGUGGCAUGCUAGCAGCUAGCAGCUAGCAGCAGGCGCCGCUCGCCGCGCGGACGAGUUCCGACACCGUCACGGCGAAACUCGGCUGGAAGACGAAGACGCGUCUUUGCUCACACGACGGGAGACACUCAACACUCCCAGUCAGCGAGCAAAACGCCAACUUCCGCCGUCGUCGAAGCUACAACUUGUAGCGCGAUGUGUCGGGCUCGCCUAUCUGAAUGGGCUGUGAUGACAUUAGCGAGCGCCGUUGAUCAGUCGCCGUCGUCGCCAGGUGCGUCGCGCUCGAGCCCGAUUGACAGCGCGGCUCCUAACGACGGCGAGGCGACAUUGAAGUGCGAGCUCACGAGCGACGUGGCCUUCAACCUGCUACAUCACCACCGCGACCAGGUUCCACGUGGUUCGCUGCGUGUUUACUCGAUUGAAAACAUCGUAGUCCGUCCAAAAACAUUGAGGGGUAAUAAGGUGAUUUCAGCCAUAGUGUAUUGUUGAGGGUACCGUGCUGCUGCUGCUUGCUGUCGUCGCAGCCUGCACGCAGGCCUGCUCCCUCUCACUGUGUUUUGUUUUGCAACAUCCACGUCAAGUCACUGCGCUUUGAAUGAUGCACUCGCAGAAUUGCCAGAUUCUUCUAGAACACAGUGGAGAGCCACAAUAACCCCGACUACAGCCGACCAUGAAGCAGCAGUGAGCUCCGUCCCUGGCUCUAAUCCGAAGGGUCAUGUUUGGCGAUGGGUCAAGUUGCACUUGUUGGAGUAGUGUUAUGGUAGUAUUAGUACACAAACAAAACCCCAUGUGAGUAAAUGUAAUGUUUGUACAAACGUGGCGUAACAGAAAUGCCACGUUCAACUGUAACAACAUUCUCUAUUUUCUCUCACGACAUUGUUGCGCUUCUGUCACCAGCGUGCUGAUGAACUACGACAACGUGGAGCUGGUUUUCUGCGACGCCGACACUCUGCCGCCGGCUUUCAGAAAGAGCAAGAAGGGCAGCAUCUACCUAACUCCAUACAGGGUGAUCUUUCUGGCUAAAGGGCGGGAUGCACUGCAGUCGUUCAUGAUGCCCUUCUACCUGAUGAAGGGCUGUGAGGUCAAGCAACCUGUGUUGGGAGCCAAUUACAUCAAGGGCACCGUCAACUCGGAGCCUGGAGGUGGCUGGGAGGGCAGUGCUACUUACAAGCUCGUCUUUGCUGCUGGAGGAGCCAUAGAGUUUGGCCAGUACAUGCUGCAGGUCGCAGCUCAGGCAUCCAGAGGCCAGCCGGUGACCCCUGAGUUUGGUGGAUGCCCAUACAUGGCAAACGGAGCCUACGCUUACCCUCCUCCUCCUCCUCCUGCUAACGGGAUGUACCCGUCUGCACCUCCACCAGUUUACUCUUACCCCAACCCUCCUCCUGCAGGUGGAUUCUAUCCAAGUCCUCCAGCGUUUGACGCCUCCGCGGCCUACAUACCUCCACCUCCAUAUUCUGCUCCUCUGGGCCAGCAGCCACCACAUGACCCUGACCUCCCCUCCUCAGCAGCAGCGGAGGCCAAAGCGGCUGAGGCAGCAGCAAGUGCCAGCAGUGCCACACUGCCUCGUACACAUGUGUACCUGCCACAUGACAAGCCUCCUCCGUACUCUCCUCCAGAGGAGAAGAAGAAGCAGUAGACCUGCUUAAACUCAACGUCAUUCCUCUGUUUCUCCUCUCUCCUACUGGGAUCACCUUGGUUCUCCUUCCAUUACCUGCGGACCGAAAAGGCCAAACUUUACCUUUUUUUUAACGUCAUGCCCUCUCUCAUCUUCCCAGUCCCCUUCCAACUAAUCCUCUCUGGUGUCAUCCGUUUCUCAUUCCAUCGCUUUCCCACCUUAGCCUAAACCUUUCACAUUCCUUGUAACAAUCAGCAUCUUUCUCCUUAGAAACACCUUUACGUGAUGGAAAGUAUUAGUAGCAUUCUUUGUGAGAGACCAAUAGAAAUUUGUUCAGGCCGAAAGAGGCUCUGGAUUUUGGGACUUUUUUUCAGUGUAGUUGAGGAACACUUUGUAACCUGACCAGCUAUUUGAGCAAAUGUCCCAAGUAACAUUCUGCAACGAUCGACGUUGGAUUCAGCUUUGUUUGAAGCUCUCUCCUAAUUUUCCCUGACUUGUGUUUAUUAAACUAAACUGAAUCUAAUGAUGUUGAUUGCUUUGCUAACCUAUCCAGAGGCAAGCUGAAUGCAGUCUUUUAUUUUUCUAUCAUUUGUGUGUGUACAGGCUUUUAAUAUGUAGACUUUUACAAUGAGAUAUUUUCUCAAGAACACUAACCCGGGGAGAUACUUUAGCCUUUGUAAAGACAGCAGCUCGCAGGGCGGCCCGGUCCACCGUGACAAGCGGUGGCAGAUGAGAGUGCUGCACAGAUUAGAGCAGCGUCGAGCCCCAGCAGUGAAGCUCUGAUCCUGGAUUAGAGCAGAGAGCGAGGGCGGCCAGGACCCGGAGGGACGUCCCGCCAGGAGGGAUUAUCUGUGUUGCACAAGAGCAGAGCAACCCAACCCAACGAUAUCACUUCCUGUUGUCAUGCCUCUGAACAUUCAAGAAAAAUUGGUCAGACUCACCACCAGCCCGCUUCACCUUUCAUCCGUCUCACAUAGCUUUUAACGUUCAUAACAGGACCACCAGAGGACUUCUCUUUGUUUUUUCUUUCUAUGGUUGUGAUCUUAACUUUCAAAAACAUCAGAGGUCCGUCUUUCAGUCUUAUCUCUGAGCCUCCACUCUUCCUUACUCUGUGGUCACUAAUCUAUAUACGGUAUCUGUGGCACAUCCGUGGCUGGUUCUUUUUGCACUUUCAGAAUGCUAUGCAUCGGGCUCCUGUCUGCUCUGUCAUGGCUGUGUGUAAAAUAACAAUAAUAAACAUCUGUAUUUAUUUCAAACUAAUUUAUUGAAUAAUUCCUGUAAAAUGGCUCAAGUACGAAAACAGCACGAUCUCAACUAAUGCAUGUGUGCAUUGGAUUGCAUUUUAUUAAAUGGAUCUUGAUUCAUGUGGACCAGA